UGCGUUGGAACAUGUUUGUGGCCGUUGUGUUGUUGUGACCCUUGAGGCCCACCUAGAGUUACCUGAGGGUCAAUAACACUCUGCUGGCACCCUAGAUAUUUCAUAGGGGGCCAAAUAGAUCAACACAAAAAACACUAAACAGUGGAUACAAAUUGGAUAAGUUUAGAUUCAGAAUAGACCUUUUGUCAAUACAGUAUACUUUAGUGGUUUGAGAAUAGGGGGGGGGUGUAGAUUUAUAUAAUUUAUCUUCAUAUUCACAGAAAUCUUGAUCAUGAGUUUUGAAACAAAUAUUUUAUCGGCGUUUGGGAGCAGCUUCCUAGAAUGUGUCCUCGGUGAGAGGCCAAGUGAGCCUCAGAUCCGCACUUUUACUCAAGUGGCCAAAAGAGCAAAUCAUGAACAUGCGGUUCCAGCAGACAUUGUCAUUCCUUUGAGGGCUCAUAAGUGGAGGAAUGUGAUCUCGUCCAGUUCCAUUUUUGGGCAGUUUCUUACAAAUUGCACAGAUGAAAAUCUCAAAUUGGUGCAAUCAUCUUUAACAUCGUGCAAGUAUCCUCUAAGCAAAAUUUGGAAGACGAAGGAUCUUUUGUGCAUCAAUUUACAGAGACACAAAAUAAUAAAAUCUCUUAUACAUCAAAUGAGAGCUGCAGGUGUGAAGUAUGGAGCUUCAAAAUUUAUGGAAAACACAGUUGUGAACUUUCAUGCCAACUUUGUGUUAAAGGAAGCAAAACCGAGAGAUCGAUGCCAAAUAAAUAAAUUGCGUGGGUUAAAACUUCUGAUUCAUCUGAUAAGAAUGGUAGCAUUUAGUAAUGGGACAAUAAAACUGCAGGAGAAAGGCCAUAGGGAAGACACAUACACAAAGGUGACUAAAGAUUAUUAUGAGUGGAAAACUGAAAAUAAGGAAGAGCGGCAGCCAUGUGAAGCAGCGAAAGAUCAAGAUAUAUUGGCACAAGAUGAAAACUCAGAGCAACAGACAUCAAAUGCUACUAGUGUAAAAUCAGAAUUGACUGAUUUUGCAACUGGUGAAAAAUAUGGAUUGACUAAUAUGGUUAUUAGUGAACAAUUGGGAUUAACUGAUGAGAUUGUUAGUGAAAAUUUUUUACCAACUGAUGUGGUGCGUGGCUCACCUGAACUAUGUCCACAAAGAAAAGUGAAAGAAGGGGGUUUAGGUAAAAAUUUGGAACCAGAACAAACUAUUAAGGAUUAUAGUAGACAGAAAAUGAACACUUCAUCUUACGAUGACUCCAUUAGAGAACUUACAAGAUUUUUGUCUGAAAGUCAGGCAUUAACAUGGCAGAGGCCACCAAAGUUAGUUAGUGAAGUGCAUGAAUUUGUAGAAGGGGCUUUGGAGGUACAAAAGAAAACAGAAUAUUUGUUAUUUUUGGAGCAAGACUUGAAGGAUGAGAGCAGAAAUGAUGUUCAGAAUUAUGAAGACCAGUGUGAUGGCAAUAAUGGCUUAGAGAAAGUAAACUUGGUAGUUAAAGAAGAAAACUUAUCAGGAGAGUGUUGUCCCAGAGAUAAAAAUAAUACUCUUCACUUUGUCAUUAUGGAGGAUUCAGCAGGUAGAGAAACUAUUCCAGGAAGUUAUCAGUAUAAGCCUAUAGUAAAUAUGAAGACUGGAAAACAAUGGAAUGGCUUUGCAGAAGACUAUUGCAAAAUUUUGGAGGUAGAGUUGAGGCGCGCAGUCGAGCUGAAACAUGGUGUCGCAGGUUGUCUUGAAUGGAAGACAUUGUUACAGGAGCAGGCUUGGCAAUGCAUGACUCUUCAAAUGCUCUCUGUCUCACACUCAAAUUGUGUGAAAGUUGAAAUUGAUAGUUAUACACAAAAUACAAAAGAAUGGGCAUUUGUGUUGUACAACUAUGCACGGCUCAGUAUGAUAUUUAAAUCUUUUGAAGAAUAUGUUAGAAAAGGACAAGUCUCGCCACUCCCUUCUCCAGAUGAUCUGGACUUCUCUCUUCUUAGACAAGAUGAAGAAUGGAAUCUAGUUUGGGUGUAUAUUCUUCGUUGGCCAGAGAUCGUUGAAGAAAUUACGCUAGAUAUUUUAAAUGGAUCUGGCAAAGUCAAGACUGCUGCUGUUACUCGAUUUUUGCAUUCUUUUGCUCAUCGAUUCAGUGCAUAUUACAGUCGAUAUCAUAUACUUGUUGCCAAGCCACUGCCCCACUUGAUGCCACUAAUGUAUGCAAGGCUUCACCUCCUCCAAGCAGUUUACAAUGUAAUGACAAUUUGCUUUAGUGUGCUUGGAAUUGACUCUCCGCCUACUUUUAUGUAAUAUGAUAAGAUCUAUAGUAGACUUGGUCUAAAAAAAAAAUACUUUUCAUCAGCAUAAAUGCAUUGGUGACUUAUCAGUCAAAGAAUUUUAUUUCUAUUAUUGUUAAGUUUGGUUUUGGGCACUUUGCAAGACACCUGAGACAUGUGAAGUUAUACUUGGAGGUUAAUUUCCUGCAGCAGAUGAAGUAUUAAUUUGUUUACUGCAUUAGGGGUUGCAGGAAUAGGUCUAAAAGAAUUAUUAAACAUUAAUCAAUAAGUGCAAAAUACUUGUCAUUCUUUAUUUUCUCAAAGAAAAUUUUUCUUAAUGAAACACACAAUUAUUAUUAUAGACUUUAUUCCAAAAAGAUAAAAAAUCAAAUCUAGAAAAUAAAUUAAUCACUUUUAGCUUAUUUCCUGUAAACAUUGUAAAAGGAGCAAUCUUUGAAAGUUAUUUUGUGAAAUAAAAAUGCAUCAAUCACAAAGCAGUUAUAACUUUUGUGUAAAUAUAUAUAUUUAUUCAUCAGCAGUCAUACUUUUUGAGUAAGCACAUUGCAAAGUUGUUACUAUGAGAAGGUAUGCUACAUGAAAUACAUAUUUCCAUAUCUUGAAGCUUCAAGAUAUGUUGCGUACACUUUCUCCUUGCGUACAUGUCUCAACAUGCCCUUCUAUGUUUUACCUUUUCUAGCUCCUCCUCCGAGUGACUUGUCUUUACUUCCCUGCUCUUACCUCAUAGCUCACUCAUUUUAGGUAGUAAAAUGGUAUUAAAUAAAUACUUGAAAACAAAUCUCAUAAUUCACUGCAACUUUUCCUGAGCAUUCAUUUUGGUUUCCUUGUCAUAAUAGUUGUGCUGUAUCAGUAUUUUUCAUAGUUAUACAUUUUUAUACUUUUCUCAUAAAUUGCUUGUAUCAUGUAUGAAUACAGUUUAAGAAGGUAAAUUAACUUUGUAUAAUAAUAUUUAGUUUUACUAGGAAAAUAUUUAUUUAGUAAGGAAAUCAUUUCAUGUUAGGAAGUUAUUAUCAAUGAGAAAAUCAGUAGGAGUUAUGAGGAUGAUUCAGACCUGCACACGUUAAUGUGAUAUCAUUGUGCAUUAUUAAUAAUGUUAAUGACUAGAGAAAGUUUGUGUAAGUAUGGAGAGUUUGAGCUGUGAAUUGUCAACACUGUGCUUUCAUAAUUAUGUAUUAAAUUUAAUUUAUCAUUGUAUAUUAAAAUGGAAAAUAAAUAAAAAUUUUAUAUAUG